AUGACCCACUCCCCCUCGUCCUCGUCGGUCGACGACGCCGCCGAAAAUACUGCAGAUGAGGAGGAUUCUGAGGAUUACUGCAAGGGCGGAUACCAUCCCGUUCAGGUCGGAGAGAAGUUCAAGGACGGAAAAUACACUGUUGUUCGCAAGCUAGGAUGGGGUCAUUUCUCAACCGUCUGGCUGUCCCGCGACAACACGAGCGGCAAGCAUGUCGCCCUCAAGGUUGUCCGUUCCGCCGCCCAUUACACCGAGACCGCCAUCGACGAGAUCAAGCUCCUCAAUAAGAUUGUACAGGCCAAGCCUGACCAUCCCGGUCGCAAGCACGUCGUGAGUCUGCUUGAUUCGUUUGAGCACAAGGGGCCACAUGGCACCCAUGUAUGCAUGGUGUUUGAGGUUCUCGGCGAGAACCUGCUUGGCCUUAUCAAGCGUUGGAAUCACCGCGGAAUCCCCAUGCCUCUGGUCAAGCAGAUCACAAAGCAGGUUCUCCUUGGUCUCGAUUAUCUCCAUCGCGAAUGCGGCAUCAUCCACACCGACCUUAAGCCCGAAAACGUCCUCAUCGAGAUUGGCGAUGUCGAGCAGAUCGUCAAACGCGUCGUCAAGCCCGACGCUGGCGACAAGGAGAACAACAGGAAUGGUCGCCGACGCCGGAGAACUCUCAUCACCGGCAGCCAACCUCUGCCAUCCCCCCUCAACACCAGCUUCAACCACACCAACCUCUUUCCCUCACCGAAUCCUCACUCUAGUCUUGCUGGUGUUUUGAACGAAGGCAAGACAUCAAAGGAAUCAUCUCCUAAACCAGGCGAUGACGCCCAGAAACAGCGAGAAAAGUCUGCCGACCUCUUGAGCCGUGAAGUUUCUGGCAUCUCUCUCGACAAGUCAAACUCACCAUCAGCGUCAACCGGCGAGAAGCGUAAAGCGGAGGAUGCCCACGCCUUUGACGUUAUCAGCGUCAAGAUUGCAGACCUGGGCAACGCCUGCUGGGUCAACCACCACUUUACCAACGAUAUCCAAACGAGGCAAUACCGGUCACCCGAGGUUAUCCUGGGUGCCAAGUGGGGUGCCAGCACUGACGUCUGGAGUAUGGCUGCGAUGGUCUUUGAGUUGAUCACGGGCGACUAUCUGUUUGACCCCCAGUCGGGCACCAAAUACGGCAAAGAUGACGAUCACAUUGCCCAAAUCAUCGAGCUCCUCGGGCCCUUCCCCAAGUCACUAUGCCUCAGUGGCAAAUGGAGCCAGGAAAUCUUCAACCGCAAGGGUGAGCUGCGGAACAUUCACAGGCUCCGGCACUGGGCUCUACCGGAUGUGUUACGCGAGAAGUACCACUUCAAGGAGGACGAGGCGAAGCGCAUCUCGGACUUUUUGACCCCGAUGUUGGAGCUGGUACCAGAGAAGAGGGCGAAUGCUGGUGGUAUGGCAGGCCAUCUGUGGCUGGAAGAUACACCUGGCAUGAAGGGGUUGAAGAUCGAGGGCUUAGAAGUAGGAGGCCGGGGCGAAGGCAUCGAUGGUUGGGCAACGGAGGUGAGGAAGAGAUAA